AAGACCUGUUAUGUUACACGUGAUUGGUCAGUACUUAAAUUAUAGUCUCGUCGUAAUUCCAAUAUCUCGAUUCUGAGGAAAUUUUGGGGGGUUUUGUGCUAUUUCCUCAAGAUUUUUUGAGCGGCUCCCCUAAAACGCCAGUUUUCUCAUAAAUACGGCGUGUUCUGGUGACAAGGUUAAAUAGGUUGCGUGAGUUUUGCGGAGUUGUAUAUUAAAGUUCUUAUGAUGCCAUUUAAAGUUAUUUUACAGCAUGUGGUGUUGAGUCUUUGGUAUUUCGUUCGUUUUCUAUUUUGCGUUAUAUAUCCGCCACAUGUAAGUCAGUUUUUACAUUGAAUAGAGGGAGUUCGCUUGGCAGUUAACUGCCAACCUACUGUUAAGAUCCACCUAAACCUAGUAGGAUUGUACUUCGAGUUGGUAGGAGGAUUUAUUUUACGUCUCAUGGACCACCUCCAUAGUCACGUUUGUUUUAAAGGAAAGAUUUGUCUCCUUACAUAACAUCUUAUGUACAUCAUGCAUAUACUUCUUUAUCAAGGCAUUCAUCUCUGUAGAUAUGAUUGUUAGUAUAUCCAAAUAGCCAAGGAAUAUUUUAUGUACGAUAAACUGAAGAUAGUUUCAGUAUUUCUGUAGGAAUACUUUACUACAAUACAUCUUUACAAUAAAUAAAGCUUGCAAUUUUUGUUAUAAGUUUGCGCUCAAACAGGUUGAUGUGAUAUUUACGUAUGACAAGUAGCAUUCAGCCUUUGCCUGAGAAAUUAUAAUUCCCAACUUCACAUUAAAUUCACUGUAUGCAUGAAAAAGACCCUAUUUUCUGAAGGCUAAUCUCAGUACGAAUAUUCACUAAACGUCAAAAAGUUUAAUUUGUCAGAUCGUUCAAAUGUUCUGUCUAAGAGUUAGUGGAUUGUAUACCAAUGUUGUCCGCUGAAUUCUGUAUUUAGUUGGUCAAGCCUUUCUCAGUCUCAUUGAGUACACUUAAAUUAAUAACCUAGUUUCACAGUUGUUUAACAAAGUAAUUAUGAACAGUUAUUCACUGAUUGUCUUUGCCUAUAGCUUUAUUUUUUUCUUCAUAUCCUAUCCUUUAUAGGGCACUUUGUUUGUCACAUGUUUUAAAUAAUUAACAUGAAGUUCUGUUAAUUCCUCAGAUAACAUAGCCAAUUUACAUUUUGAUAAAAUGAUAUUCUACCAGAAAAUUGGUGGUGAAAGCUAUUUCAUUGAUAGUGUUACACACAACAGCUUUAUGUUAUUCAUCAUCUUACGUGAAUAUAUCUGUUCAUUAAUGAUGUCAGAUAACUCUGAGGACCAAAUACAGUAUAGUAAUUCAAAAGAUACAAUCAAUUUGUAUAUGCUAAUGUAUGAAAUGUUGAAGGUUAGUUGAUUGUUAUUUUAAUAGGCUUCUUUUGAGGAAAAUAUUGGUAAUCCAUUUGACAUAUUGAAAUGCAAUUCGCAAAGUGCACGUAUUCCUGCGUAUUUAAAACCAUUGAUUCGAGGCCGAAUUGAAAGACUACGCAAUUACUACGAGGCUGUUGCGUACACAAAUUUGUCAACAUUUAAAAAUUUAAUCUUUGCAAAAUCAUUGAAUGUUGGCAAUGAAAUUGAUGACGAUGACGAUGAAGAUAGUGGUGAUGGCGGAGGUGAUGUUAGUCAAAAUAGUAAUAGAAGAAGAUUUCUUUUGACUAAAGACAGCGUUUUCGGUUUAUUUAUAAGAAAAUUUUCACUUGGAAUUUAUUCUCAAAGUUUUGAAAAAAUAAUACAAUUCCUUGAUUCAUUCUUUGAUGCCUAUGAUAAUGAAAUGUGUUCUAUAUCAAAUCUUGAUACUGAAGAUUUAAUUGUACAAAAGUUUGCUCAUUCAUUCACUAGAGAUCAAUAUUUAAUAUCAACUCGUAAUCAAGCUUUAGAUGUUUGUUCAGAAAUUAUUGAUUCUAUUGGAAAAAUUGGUGGACGUCCUAAUCUUAAUCUACAAAAAUACAAUGAACUUUUAUUGUUAGCUAAAAAAAUGUAUCCUGAAGUAUCAUAUACGCAUUAUGCCUCACAUGUAUAUGCUUUGCAUAAACGAAAUCUUACGAUGGCUGAGAACGAAUUACAUGCAUACUUUGAAACAUGUAUGGCAUCGGUACAAAAUCCAGAAAUAUCAUUAACAACGUCAACAUUUUCUGGAACUGGCACAGUAUCGACAACUACAACGACAACAGCAGGACAAGGAACAAUCACAUCAUCAGUGUUAACUCCACCUAUCAAUUCUAGUAAUACUUGUGCUCAUAUGGCAGUGACUGGUGCUGCAAUGCAUUUAAAUUUCGGUCAUUGGUAUAAAGGAAAAUGUUUGAUUAAGGAAGCACUUCAAAAAUCGCUAGAAAGUGAAUCUAAAGAUUCACUUGGUCAUGUUAAAGUCACACAUACUUUAUUGAAUUCAAGUACUGAUCCAUUUCGUUAUGAUAAUGAAGUACCUAUGAAACAAUCAUUUAAAUCAAAUGAUGUUAUAUUAACUGAAUUUCGUACAAAAUUUUGGAAUACAUUAGAUAUAGGAUCAGAACCAUAUAAACUAUUAACUGUUUACUUCAAUUCAGUUAAUACUAUAUCUCAAGCAUAUUUUACUGUUUGUCAAUUGGAUUUAGCUACAAUGUGGCAAUUUUAUGGUUAUCCAAAUAUGGCCACUGUAUUGAUGCAGUGUAUAAUUAAUGCAGAUUGUUUAGAGCCAUGUCCUUAUUCCGAUACUGUAUUAGCUAAUGCUUUUGCAAACAUUAUAAAAGAGUUUAAUUCUAUGGGAUCAAUUGAGACAGCAUUAAAAUUAUCUAAAAUAUGUCGAUCUAUAUUGUGUCGUUUUCCAAACCAAUCACCUUUGCUACAAGCUAGCAUGGAAGUUGAACUGGAGCAACAUCUAAGAUCUGGUUAUGAUUUAGCUCAAUGCGAUCGUUUGGUUAAUUCAAUAAAACUUUAUUGUCCAUGGGAAGCUGCUAUAAGGCAAGCUGAAGUUGAACAAAAACGUGGCAAUGUAUCUUAUACACAUGAUAUUCUACGUUAUAUUAUUGAUAGUGUCAUUGCAAGACGUGAUCAUGACUGUGGACUAUUACAACAAUCGGCAAAUAAUAAUAAUAAGUUAUUACAUUCAAAUGAAUUAUGGAGUCAAACAAAACCAUUUUCCCAUAUAAUAUUGCCUACAUUUCCUGAGCAUACACCUGUUGGUGGAUUAUGUAAAUUAGCAUUGAUUGAGUUACGUGCACAUUUGGCUUUAAUUGAAUUGUUGAUUACAUUGAAGCUUUAUGUAUAUGCUUUCAACGAGAUUGAUAUCACAUUGAAAUUAUGUCAACAUUAUCGAUUAAGUUUAGGUAUUGAAAUGAUUAAAUUAUUACAAUGUGCUAUUCAUUUAUCCAUGAAUAACAAUAUGCUAAUGAAUACUAAUCCUACUAAUGAUCUUCAUGAUAACAAGAAGACUAAAAUUGAUCAUAUCGAUGUUGAUCCAACCUCUUUAUGGAUUAAUGGAUUGAAACAAACAAAUUCCAAUGUCAUAUUUGAAUUGAAUAAUAGUUUAGAAGAGAUAUUACAUCGUACAGAUCAAUUAACAAAAUAUCGUUGUCAAGUAUUUUUGAGUCGUACACGACUAUUAAUUGAUAUCAAUGAGAAUAAUCAUUCAUUCAUUCAAAUGCAUAUGUCAGAACUCUUAAAAGCGCUCAACUAUUAUCGACAAUUGGACGAUAGAAAACGUAUACUUGAUAUUCUAGUAUUAACGGCAGCAGCAUUGAACUCAGUCAAUGAAUAUGUGAAACGAAAUGAAGUGUCCAAAUCAUUUCACAUAUUACGUGAACAUUUUGGUUUUAAAAGUUUACCUUCAAAACGUUUUAUUGUUGAUAUUUUAUAAACAAGAUGCAUUUCCAUAAAUAAAUGUUGAAUAUUUUUU